GUGGCAAUAAAAAUAAUAGAUAAAUCUCAGCUGGAUGCAGUGAACCUUGAGAAAAUCUACCGAGAAGUACAAAUAAUGAAAAUGCUAGAUCAUCCUCACAUUAUCAAACUUUAUCAGGUCAUGGAAACCAAAAGUAUGCUGUACCUUGUGACAGAAUAUGCUAAAAAUGGAGAAAUUUUUGAUUAUCUUGCUAAUCAUGGGCGAUUAAAUGAGUCUGAAGCCAGGCGAAAAUUCUGGCAAAUUCUGUCUGCUGUUGAUUAUUGUCAUGGUCGGAAGAUUGUACACCGUGAUCUCAAGGCCGAAAACCUCCUGCUGGAUAGCAACAUGAAUAUCAAAAUAGCAGAUUUCGGUUUUGGAAAUUUCUUUAAAAGUGGUGAACUGCUGGCAACAUGGUGUGGCAGCCCCCCUUAUGCAGCCCCAGAAGUCUUUGAAGGGCAGCAGUAUGAAGGACCACAGCUGGAUAUUUGGAGCAUGGGAGUUGUUCUUUACGUACUUGUCUGUGGAGCGCUGCCUUUUGAUGGACCAACUCUUCCAAUUUUGAGGCAGAGAGUUUUGGAAGGAAGAUUCCGGAUUCCAUAUUUUAUGUCAGAAGAUUGUGAGCACCUUAUUCGAAGGAUGUUGGUCCUAGACCCAUCCAAACGGCUAACCAUAGCACAAAUCAAGGAGCAUAAAUGGAUGCUCAUAGAAGUUCCUAUACAGAGACCUGUUCUCUAUCCACAAGAGCAAGAAAACGAACCAUCCAUCGGGGAAUUUAAUGAGCAGGUUCUACGGUUGAUGCACAGCCUUGGAAUAGAUCAACAGAAAACCAUUGAGUCUUUAGAGAACAAGAGCUAUAACCACUUUGCUGCCAUCUAUUUCUUACUGGUGGAGCGCCUGAAAUCACAUAGGAGCAGUUUUCCUGUGGAGCAGAGACUUGAUGGCCGCCAGCGUCGACCUAGCACCAUUGCUGAACAAACAGUUGCCAAGGCACAAACUGUGGGCCUCCCAGUGACUGUGCACUCACCAAACAUGAGGCUGCUGCGCUCUGCCCUCCUCCCACAGUCAUCCAAUGUGGAAGCCUAUUCAUUUCCAACAUCCGGCUGCCAGGCGGAAGCAGCGUUUAUGGAAGAAGAGUGUGUUGACACUCCAAAGGUGAAUGGCUGUCUGCUGGACCCUGUGCCGCCCGUCCUGGUGAGGAAGGGAUGCCAGUCACUGCCCAGUAACAUGAUGGAGACAUCUAUUGACGAAGGGCUGGAGACAGAGGGAGAGGGAGAGGCUGAGGAAGACCCCCGACAAGCCUUUGAAGCAUUUCAGUCUACGCGCAGUGGGCAGAGACGGCACACACUGUCAGAAGUGACCAAUCAGCUGGUCAUGGUUCCUGGGACAGGGAAAAUUUUCUCCAUGAGUGACAACCCCUCCCUUGACAGUGUGGACUCUGAGUAUGAUAUGGGGUCUGUUCAGAGAGACCUGAACUUUUUGGAGGACAACCCUUCUCUCAAGGACAUCAUGUUAGCCAAUCAGCCUUCACCCCGCAUGACAUCUCCCUUCAUAAGCCUGAGACCUGCCAACCCAGCCAUGCAGGCUCUGAGUUCCCAGAAACGAGAGGCCCAUAACAGGUCACCAGUGAGCUUCAGAGAAGGCCGCAGGGCAUCGGAUACCUCCCUCACUCAAGGGAUUGUAGCAUUUAGACAACAUCUUCAGAAUCUGGCUAGAACCAAAGGCAUUCUUGAGUUAAACAAAGUGCAGUUGCUGUAUGAACAGAUGGGAUCAGAAGCAGACCCUCACCUGGCAUCAGCUGCUCCUCAACUCCAAGACCUUACUAGCAGUUGCCCCCAGGAGGAAGUUUCUCAGCAGCAAGAGAGUGUCUCCACUCUCCCUACCAGCGUGCAUCCUCAACUCUCCCAGCGGCAAAGCCUGGAAACCCAGUACCUGCAGCAUAGACUCCAGAAGCCUAGCCUUCUGUCAAAGGCCCAGAAUACCUGUCAGCUUUACUGUAAAGAACCUCCACGGAGCCUUGAACAGCAGCUGCAGGAACAUAGGCUCCAACAGAAGCGGCUCUUCCUCCAGAAGCAAUCUCAGCUGCAGGCAUAUUUUAAUCAGAUGCAGAUAGCAGAGAGCUCCUACCCACAGCCGAGUCAGCAGCUGCCCCUUCCCUGCCAAGAGACGCCACCACCAUCACAGCAACCCUCACCCUUCAGCCUGACCCAGCCCUUGAGCCCUGUUCUGGAGCCUGCUACUGAGCAAAUGCAGUACAGCCCUUUCCUCAGCCAGUACCAGGAGAUGCAGCUGCAAUCCCUGCCCUCCACGCCUGUCCCCCGGGCUGUUCCCCGGGCUCCAGCACAGUUGCAGCAACAGCCACCACCACCACCGCCCCCACCACCACCACAGCAGCCAGGAGCUGCACCAGCCUCCUUACAGUUCUCCUAUCAGACUUGUGAGCUGCCAACUGCUGCCUCCCCUGCACCAGACUACCCUGCUCCCUGUCAGUAUCCUGUAGACGGAGCCCAGCAGAGUGGCCUGACAGGGCCAGACUGUCCUAGGAGCUCAGGACUGCAGGAAGCCCCCUCCAGUUAUGACCCACUGGCCCUCUCUGAGUUACCUGGACUCUUUGAUUGUGAAAUGCUGGACGCUGUGGAUCCACAACACAAUGGCUAUGUCCUGGUGAAUUAAUCUCAGCACAGGAAGUGAGGUGGUCCAAGUGAAGGAAGACUGUAUUUCUAUUUUUAUUCCAGCUUUUUAAAUUUAAAGCAUAUUUUCUUGCCCUCUUCCUCAUGGGGAAAAAAUCAAGUCGCCCAACUGGAAUCAGGGCCUGGCUGGGUGGAUGUUGCUUCCUCCUGGCUCUGUCCCACCACAAAGUUUCCUGUGGCAAGUGCUGGAACAUAGUUGUAUGCUGAAGCUCGUGCCCUUGGGUCAAAUGGAGCAAGCUCUCGAGGGAGGCACCAACAAAUGUUUUUGUAAGACCACAACAUUCAGACCUAGGUUUCCUGUGGAAUUGCACCAGUUCAUUGUCAAGGGGAAACCUUGAUAAAAGCAGGAAAAGAUGUGUGUUGUUGCGCAUAUAUGGGCAAAAAAGGCAAUAUAUUUUUCUCUGAUGCCAAACAACAUACUGCUUCAAGGCAAAUCAAGAAUAUAUAAUGAAGUUUGAUGCACAGGAAAUAAAGGAGAGUACUUCAUUGAUGAAUCCUAAGUUCUUAGCUGCUGAGGCAAGUUCUCCCCAAGACCGUCACAGAGGAGUGGAACAUGAGCUCUGUUUUAGGGGCCACUAAAUAACAGCUGGUACCUGACCCCUGAAACCUGCAGCCAUCUCCAUCUGGGAGCAGCCAACACACCUCUUCAGAAGGUACCCCUGGGUUACCGAGUGUUGGAACAUAUUCAGGGCUCCAAAGAUGUCACCUGUAGGAUGUCAAGAGACCCACCACAGUGGAAGCUGGGCAAGAAAUUCCAGAAGGCAUCAAGAGGAUAGGCUCUUCCGGUGCAGUCUCAUCGAGAUUCUGGUUGGGAGCAGCUGGUCUCCAGAGGACCUGUUGUCUCCUUUACAAUGUAAUGACUAUUUCAACUUUACACUAUAUGUUGCUAGUAGGCUAUUGAGCAUUGUAUAUUUGGACAGUUUCAUAUAGGGCUUAGAAAUUUUAGGGGCCCGGAAAAUGAACUUUUAUGUCCCAUGUGAAGUGGUAGUGCCGUGCCUUUCCCCCAGAUCAUGCUUUAAUUUUUUCCUUUUCUGUAGAAACCAAGUUUUCCAUUUACAUCAAUGCUAAAUCCAAAGUCACUUCAGAGUUUGCUUUCCACCAUGUGGGAAUCAGCAUUCUUAAUUUCCUUAAGUUUCGACUUAUAAUGAAAUGUUCAAGUAUUACAGCAAUAUUCAAAGAACCACAGAUGUGUUAACCGUUUAAGCAGAUCAUCUGCCAAACACAUUAUAUUAUUAGUAAAACUUAACCAACCCUUAUAAUUCAUUCAUCCAAAUAAGUGAAAAAUAGAUGCUACAGCUAGUUAACUGUAUACCUAGAAGUAAUGAGUAAUCUAUCAUUCGGACAGUAACAUCCAGGUAUUAUAAAUUCAGUAUUAUGUAUAAAGACUAUCACGCUGUCCUUUAGAAUGGCUUGUCCUAUCA